UAAAGGUAUGCCUUUUGUUCAUCUUUUUUUACAAUUAUUUGUUAGAUUUAAUAAUCUGUAAUCUGUAUUAAAAAGUUAUUUAUCAUGAAUGUCAUCGGUUGAAAGACAACACAUUCGUUGACAAGUGGAUCUGCGUCGUGUUGGAAAAAUUAGGUUCUCGCUAUGUUCAAAGUCAGUUCGCGAAAUAAAUAAAGAUUGGUCAUGGCUGAUAUCGAAGAAUACAAACAUCAGGAAUCGGAUAUCCAUGAGGAAGAAGAAUCUAGCAGAUCUAGUCUCUUCACACUUUGAGUGACUUAAAGAGUGAUUGGAGGGCGCUAAGAUGACGGGAGGUUUGGAUAGAAGCCUUUCAUCACGUGAUCAAGUGAUUGGCAGACUUAACUUGCAGAUCAACCAUAAACAUAUAAAAGAUCUAAUUGAUAUAGAAGAUUUUUCAGAAAAGCCAUCGCCGGCUAGCAAAGGUCCACACGGCGUGCAAGUGGUGAACACAGGUCCGGACCAUACAUUCGUUCUUGAUGAAGAUGCUUUAGCCGAGUUGCUGCUGCAGGAUGACAUCAAGGACAGAUCCGUUGUCGUCAUAUCUGUGGCUGGCGCUUUUAGGAAGGGCAAAUCUUUCUUAUUAGACUUCUUUCUACGGUAUAUGCACCACAAGUAUGGUUCCGGCGGCGGUGGGGAUUGGCUGGGGUCUGACGAUGAACCUCUCGGCGGGUUCAGCUGGCGAGGUGGCUCCGAACGGGAUACCACCGGCAUACUCAUGUGGUCUGAGAUUUUCAAAGCCACACUGGAUGAUGGCGAGGAGGUAGCAAUAAUCCUUUUGGACACACAAGGAGCAUUCGACAGCGAAUCCACAGUACGGGACUGUGCAACUGUAUUCGCUUUGUCCACAAUGUUGUCCUCCGUACAGAUAUACAACCUCUCCCAGAAUAUACAAGAGGACGACCUACAACAUUUACAGUUAUUUACGGAAUACGGACGAUUGGCCCUGGAAGAUGGCGGGAGGACUCCAUUCCAAAGACUUCAGUUCGUCGUACGAGACUGGAGUUUCCCUUACGAAGCGCCCUACGGGGCCAGCGGAGGACAGGCUAUUCUCUCCAGAAGACUAAAGGUAUCGGACAAGCAGCACCCGGAGCUGCAAUCUCUGCGCAAACACAUCACAUCCUGCUUCGGCGAGAUCGGGUGCUUCCUCAUGCCGCAUCCGGGACUGAGGGUCGCUACUAGUCCCACUUUUGAUGGACGACUUUCUGACAUCGAGGUGGAAUUCAAACGUGCCCUACAGCAGUUGGUGCCGAUGCUGCUGGCUCCGGACAACCUGGUGGUGAAAGAGAUCAACGGCCAACGAGUCAGGUCCAAAGACCUUCUACUCUACUUCAAAGCUUACAUGAACAUUUACAAAGGCAACGACUUGCCGGAACCGAAAAGCAUGCUCGUGGCAACAGCCGAAGCGAACAAUCUGACAGCUGUCGCAGAAGCGCGUGAUGUAUACACGACCCUAAUGGAGGAGAUAUGCGGUGGGGCGAAGCCCUACCUCCAGGCCCAAUUAUUGGAGGCCGAGCACAAGCGGAUUAGGGAUAAGGCGCUUCACGCGUUCAGGGCCAAGAGGAAAAUGGGGGGAGACGAGUUCAGUCAGGCUUAUUGUCAGCAGCUUACGCAGGACCUGGAAGACCAAUUCCAACAAUUUCGGGCUCACAACGAGAGCAAAAACAUAUUUAAGGCCGCGCGUACGCCGUCCGUGUUCUUUGCGAUCGCGCUCACGUUUUACGUCCUCAGCGGCGUCCUAGGGCUCGUCGGGCUCUACCCUGUGGCCAAUCUCUGCAAUCUGUGCAUGGGAAUGGCUCUGCUGACGCUGGUCCUUUGGGCGUAUAUAAGGUACAGUGGUGAAAUGAGAGAACUGGGCGUGACGAUAGACGAAGCCGCCAAUUGGCUGUGGGAUAACGUCAUAAAGCCGGUGUAUCAAGCCGGCCUAGAGAAAGGCAUGGAGCAAGCCGCCGCGGCGGCCGCCGAAAGAGUCUCCGCGCCCACCGCCAACGGGAAGCACAAACAGUUGUGAUGCCGUCCGCCUUCGCCCCGCGAGCGCGUCGCUUCAGCAGACCCGACGCCCGCUUCCUCGCGCGUCUGCCGGACCGAUGUCCAGUGGAAACGCUUCGAUACUUUACUACACCGAAGGCGGCCUCUCGGUGGCUCGGUCUGUCGACGAGACUCGGGGCGACCAGAUGAAUACCAAACAAACCGCUGGCAGCUAGGCGCUCCCGAAAUAGCCAAUAGAACGUUUAAAAGAUAUCUCCCGAGCCUCCCCGAAGGAGAGGCCGUCGACAAAGAAGCAUCGGCAGAAGUGGACGGAAGAACGGCAGAUUUCAGUGACGGCAGUGAAAGGGCUAUAUUUAGUGACGUUGCGACAUCUCUGCCGACGUUUCGAACGGACGGUGUUUUAUAUGUGUGCGUUUUUGGAUUUUGCAAAAAAGUUUGCCUGAAAAUAUUCACGGGCCUGGUUUAUUGUGUCGAAAUUUAUAGUUAUAUACGAAAUACAGGGACUACAAUUAGUGUUUUCAAAUUAUUUAAGUGUUUGGACUUGGUGUUUUGCGCAAAAUCGAAAAGUUAUAAAUCUAUAGGAUUCUGUUUGAACGUCGGCAGAGAGAGAUAUAUUACAUAGUUUCAAAAUUAGUUAUCCUAUACUGUGAUUACGAAACGUGAAAAAUUAAUGUUUGCAAUUUUCCAUUUUCUUAUUCCGGUGAAAACGAGAUAUUUUAAAAUGGCAAUUCCACUAUUACGUUUUGCACUCGCAGUCGAAGAAGACUGGGUGUUGCAAGUCACAAAAUAAACCAGGUUGUGAAUAAGGCAAUACUUGAAAUAAUUGCGCUUUUGCCAAUUUUCUUAAGGUAUAGACUAGUCGGCGAGCUCGUACGUGUCUAAUCGAUAAAACAAAACUUUCGGUAUCUUUGUCCACUCCAGUGUAACUUCUCUAUGAGUUCUCAAAUAUGUAUAUUGCGGUAGACACACACACAUACACGCACUAUAUACAUACAUUAAACGAUAGCCUAAUUGGGUUGACGUUACGGGUGAAGUGAAGUAGGUGACGGUGUUUUGGGUUUUGUACUGUGAAAUACCUAAUUAAAUUAUAAAUAAAGAUAUUCCUUGAUUAA